AUGAUAGUGUUCUCUUGCAGUGUUCCAGUUGAGAUUCACACUCAGUGGCAGCAGCAGGAAUCCGCUCCAUACUCCCCCAGCACAGCGGUACCUUCGAUGGAGGGUUUACUCAACAGUGUUAUGCUGACCAUCACCAAACUUCAGUGCCUACUGGAGAGCAAACAGGAGAGGAUUGAAGCUCUGGAGAGACAGGUGCAGGACCUACAGGAGGAUCGCAAGUUCCUCCGCUCACAGAUCGAGAACCUCACUGGCGCUCGCUUGGUUUCAGUGCCAGAAGUAGUGGAUCCAAUCCAGGACAUUGAUGAGGAAAUUGAAGCUGAAUAUAACAUCCUCAGAACUCUCUCAGACCAUCCCAAUGUCGUCAAGUUUUUUGGAAUGUUCUACAAGAAGGAUGUCAAGAUCGGAGACCAGCUAUGGCUAGUGCUAGAGUUGUGUAAUGGAGGGUCUGUCACAGAUCUGGCUAAAGGUAUGUUGAAAAGAGGAGACCGCAUGGAGGAACCCAUCAUUGCCUACAUCCUACAUGAAGCACUCAUGGGUCUCCAGCAUUUACACAUCAAUAAGACCAUCCAUCGAGAUGUCAAGGGCAACAACAUCCUGCUCACCACAGGAGGAGGAAUCAAGAUGGUUGACUUUGGGGUAUCGGCCCAGCUUACAAACACUCGGCUAAGGAGGAACACCUCAGUCGGAACGCCCUUCUGGAUGGCACCUGAGGUCAUCGCGUGUGAGCAGCAGCUCGACUCCACGUAUGACGAGCGCUGUGACGUGUGGUCUCUCGGGAUCACGGCCAUAGAGCUGGGUGAUGGAGACCCGCCCCUGGCUGAUCUUCAUCCAAUGAGAGCUCUCUUCAAAAUUCCAAGAAAUCCUCCACCCACCCUACACCAACCAGAGCUCUGGUCAAACGAUUUUAACGAUUUUAUAUGCAAGUGUCUGAUAAAGGAUUUUGAGCUCAGGCCCAAUGUGUUUGACCUUCUUCAGCAUGUCUUCAUCAAACAGAUUGUGGGGCGAGAGAAGACGCUGCAGAAGCAGCUGAUGGAGCUAAUCGACCUCAACCAACAAAUGGGCGUUAUCGAGAAAACAAGGAUCUCUGCUGACUGCAGUACUGGCCAUUAUGGUUGCACCAGAGGCCCCCUCAUCACAACCCCUAAUUCUAAGAUUUACGUUGGAGCCAAAAGAACGUCCAACCCUCCUCAUAUAUAUGCAGUUGCAGACAUCGCAUAUCAGUCCAUGGUCUCCUAUAAUACUGAUCAGUGUAUUGUUAUCAGCGGAGAGAGUGGUGCUGGGAAAACAGAAAGCGCCCACCUAUUAGUCCAACAGCUGACUGUUCUUGGAAAGGCAAACAAUCGGACCCUCCAAGAGAAGAUUUUGCUGGUCAAUAGUCUGGUGGAGGCCUUUGGAAAUGCCUGUACUGUGAUCAAUGAUAACUCCAGUCGCUUUGGGAAGUAUCUGGAGAUGAAUUUCACAAGUGGAGGCACAGUGGUGGGAGCUCAGAUCUCAGAUUACCUCCUGGAGAAAUCCCGGGUCAUACACCAGGCCGUAGGGGAACGUAACUUCCACAUCUUCUAUUAUAUCUAUGCCGGUCUGGCAGAGAGGAAGAAACUCGGCCACUACAAGCUGUCAGACAGCAAAACUCCAAAGUAUCUCCACAAUGAGAAUGUUAAAUUAGUGCCUGACAUUGUGGGCAAUGCCUUCUAUAAGGAGCAGUUUGAGACAGUGGAGCAGUGCUUCAAAGUCAUCGGCUUCACACUAGAGGAGCUCGGGAGCGUUUACAGUACCUUAGCUGGGAUCCUAAAUGCAGGUGAUGUUGAGUUCACAUCAGUGGCUUCGGAACAUCAGACGGACAAAAGCAACAUUUCCAACAUGGCAGUACUAGAGAGUGCUGCAUCGCUGCUGUGUAUCC